GCGCGCUCUCUGCUGCUCCCCGCGACGCGCAGCAUACCGACGGACACACGCGGGAGCUAAUUAAGCUCUCCAGCGACGAGCGGCCGGGACGCGCGCAGACGUUUCUCGUUCUCUGACAAACAAGAUUAUUACAAAAAAAAUAUAUAUUGUCGCGUCAUUGGGCAGUUUAUUAACAAUAUUGUUCAAAAUUCUUCCCAUGCGUUUUCAGAAAUAUUUUUCCUCCAAGCCGCUGAGAGCCGAACUAAGUAUUGGGGGACAUUGUUUUUUUUUUUCUUUUUUCUGCUGUGAUUUUUUUUUCCGCUCGGGAGAAGACGAACAUCCAUCUCUCUCUCUCUCCCCCUCUCUCUCUCCUUUCUCCCCCCCCCCCCUCUCUCUCUUUCUCUCUCCGGCCAUCAGAAGGAAAAGUCCAGUGGAUACAACUGAUGCCUCCGUCCUGUUCCACGUAGAAGCGUCGGACUAUUGCCGUUGACAUUCAUCCACUGGUUCGGGCUGGGUUCUUCCUUAUUUAUUUAUUUGUAUUAAAAGGAACCAUAUUUCCCCGCAAAGCACCGCAGAAAGGGGGAAUACCGAGGCACCCAUCCGGCUGCAGAAAACAAGCGGAGAACCCGUCGGAACUCCAUCAUGGGCUGCCCCCUGCUGCGGAACGCGUUCGCCGGUGUCCUCCUGGUUCUGCUGUCUCAAGCGUCCAGCGCGCACGGAGGAGAGUUCGGACACCUGCCGGACAACAUUACAGUGUUGGAGGGAGAUGGAGUCACUUUGAGAUGUCAGAUCGAUGAGGAGGUGACCCACAAGGCCUGGCUGAACCGCUCCAACAUCCUGUUCGCGGGGACGGAUAAGUGGUCGCUUGACAAGCGCGUGACGCUGGCAAACAGCAACAACAGCGACUUCUCCAUCCACAUCGAGAAGGUGCAAGUAACCGACGAGGGACCCUACAUCUGCAGCUCCCAGGCCAACAACAACCCCCGCAUUGCCAACGUCUACCUCAUUGUCCAAGUGGCGGCGAGGAUUGUCAACAUCUCCAAAAACGUGUCGGUGAACGAAGGGGAGAACGUGAACCUGUUCUGCCUGGCGGUGGGUCGCCCCGAGCCCACCGUCACCUGGAAAGACCAGAAAUACGGGUUGGUGAGCGACGGUGAGUUCUUGGACAUCACGGAGAUCAAGAGGCAGCAGGCCGAGGACUACGAAUGCAUCACCAACAACGGAGUGGCUUCCCCCGAUCAGCGCAAGGUCAAGGUCACCGUCAACUACCCUCCCUUGAUCACCGACAUGAAGAACAUGCCGGCCCAUUUGGGGAAGACGGCCAUCCUGCGCUGCGAAGCCAUGGCGGUCCCGCCAGCCUCCUUCGAGUGGUACAAAGACGACCACAGGCCGGUGGAGAGUGACAACACCCUGAGGAUCAAAAACGAGAAGACGCGCUCACUGCUGCUCUUCACCAACGUGACGGAGAAACACUUUGGCAACUACACUUGCUUCGCCUCCAACCGCCUGGGGGCCUCCAACGCCAGCAUGCUGCUGUUCCGACCGGGGGCCAUACAGGGGCGAGGGGCCGGUCUACACGCUGGGAUGAGUGUCUGGGUUUCCCUCUCUGCUGUUCUUCUGCUGAAGCUGUAAAGAUGAAGAUCCACUUUCGGAAUUGUCCCUAAACACCGCCGCCCCCCCCCCCUCCCCAACUCCCGCCCUCUUCCUCCCUUUCUCCCCCUCGACGGAAGGAAGAAGGAAAUGAAAUUCUUUAAUUACGAACCCAUCACUGUGAACAAAAAGAAUAUGCAUUAUUCUAGGAGCCAUCGCAUCAACCACACAACCCCCCCCCCCAAAAAAAAGAAACCCCGCCGCCUCGAUUCAAUCUGGAGGUCAAAGCGUCGUCAUCAUCUCUCUCGCACACACUCUCUCUUUUUGUCCCCCAGCAUGCCUUGCAGAUUCGUCUGACUCGGCGCCCCCCCCCUUCCCCACCUCACCUGGUUUGCCCCUCAUUAUUGCCACCGAGCUGAUGUUGAUGGAGAGUGUAUAUUAACAAUUAUUGUGUCGGUGAUCAAUGAGAAAGUAGAUAGUCUAACAACUGGACGAUCAUAUAUGUAUUAUACAUAGACUAAUGACUGACCUACAAUGUUUGCCUUAUGGAAAUGAUAUAUCAAAUAUCAAUAUCACGGUUGAUAUUUAUAGAAUUAUAGUAAUAACGUGUUAAAGACGGUCAUUGUACCUUUUGAAAGUUGUUCAAUUGGUCGCCAUGUGGAGUGUCGCCCUCUGAUCACACACACACACACACACACACACGUAUGGCUUUUGGAUUUUAACCGUGUAGCAGUGAAGCUGCUAUGAAUGAUGUCAAAAUGUAUUUAAAAAAAAAAAAGGGUGGGUGGUGACGGCGUCACUCUUAACUCCCCCUUUAUGUAACUUUGGGGGUUUAUACCAAGGUUUCGCAUGUGGACCCCUUCACCGCCCAAACCUUUUUACCCCCCUCGCCCCCCAUGUUCAACGUGCUCUGUCUAGUUGCCCUUCACAUCGCUUUAGUGUUCUCCGUGUCACCCCUCCCCCCCCCCCCCUCCUCUUCUUCCGCAGUGUAAAUAUAUACAGGCCGAACGACAACCCUUCCUGACCCCCACCCUCGACCCCACCCGCUCCGGCUGUGCGAAGCGGCGAGAGACUGUCCCGCCACAAAGAUGUCCUCUGCUUCCAGGCUGCGACGCCGUCCUCUUUGUCGCUUGUUGAUAGCAUGUACCGGUUAGAGAUGUUCCUGUUGUGAGUCCACACUCCCUUCACCACCACCACCACCUCCACCCCCGAGCCAACCCCACCUUUCCCUGCACUGUGUCUGUUUUACUCUGCAAGGUUACCUGCUUUUACUUUAUUGGUGUUAAUAAUAGUACAGAUGAUGAUGAUGUUAAUUAGUAUUUGAAUAACUAUGAAUAGUAUUUCCAUGUGAGAAAAAGAAGAUGAAAACAUUCUGAUGGUAAUGAGCCGUGCUUGGGGAAAAAAACUUUUUUUUGUACUUAACUCUCAGAAAGUCACACAUUGAACAACCACAAAUGGGGGAAAAAAGAGACAUGUAGUUUUUUGAAGUGAUGUGCUCUUUUUUGCCAUGACGAGCUUUUUAAAAAAAAACAUUCGAAACCGUACAAUUAUCUCAUCCGAGGCCAGAAGCAGUGAAUGAUGAUGCUAUAUAUAAUUUGUAACAGUUUAUGUAUUGGACUUUUUACUUUUCCAUGCUUAUAACUGCACCACAGAUUAACGGCGUGUUUGUCCAGUUGUCAUCGCGUGUCUCUCUCCAACCAGACCGAUAAAUGAAUUGUGGCUGUAAGGUGGUUCUUGUUGGGUCAAACCACAGGGAGAUAAAGAUGUAAUUAGCCAAUUCCCGUGGCUGGCUAAGUGAAGGAGUCUUGGCUCCACCUGUGCCCCCCCCCCCUCCCCAGCUGGGGAUGGCGCCCAUAAAUCAAGCUCAUACCUGCCACUGACAGGAAUCCUCUUCAAGGACAAACCCCGCCUCGGUGCACCGGUCCCCCCCCCCCGCCGAUGUGUACCUGUGACAUGCAGACAUGGGCCCUGCGAUACCCCCGUGGCACAAUUAUCCAUCCUCUGCCCCCCACCCCUCCCGCCCCCCUCAACCCCCACGCACAGCAGCACAAACAGUGGGGAGGAAAACCCACAUUUCUCCUGAAACACUGUUUCCUCUCACAUGCAGCGACUAUAUGCAAAUUUGCCAUAACAAGCUUGCACGGAGAGAUGAGUUUGUGCCCCCCGCCCCCCCCCGCCGGACUCGGACCACUGCGACCUUAAAGGGGAAUUACACCGUAUUGAAUCAACUGCCUGAAUGUGUUUUGUUUGAUUUUGUUUCAAACCAGCAAUAACCCCCCUAACUCUACUGAGAGGUAUCCGAUGUGGUUAGAGCUGUGGUGUAAUAUCCGAAGAGGACAUUAACAAGGUAUAUCAAAUAAGUUUAUUGUCGUACUUUUACCGUGUACAGUACUCUGAAAUGAUUGUGAAGCUCCGUUUAAAUGGUCCUUAAUCUAAAGCAGUUAAUGUUGUGCUCAAAAAGUCUUGCCCUCUGCGAUGUAGUCGGGUCGUCUGUGUGACGGAACGCAGUGUUUGUGCAUCUUGUUGCUCCAAAAAGUUAUGACGGAUUCCACUUCAAGCACAAGAGAAGGUUUUCUGGUCAGUGCUUCUUUUUUCUGUCUCGGCCCCUUUUUCAUCCUCUCAGUAUCUCUGUCUUUCAUGCCGGGUUUUUUAUAUUUUCAUUUAUUUCAGUUUCCUACUCAAGUACUGUACACUGUUCCAUGUCAGCCUCCCACUGGGUUUGUCAGUGGCAUAUAACAUCUCUAUGUACAUAAUCUGUCCUUGAUGAUGAAAAAGAACAAAAAAUUCCCUGGAAAAAAAAGGCACGGACAAAAAAGAAAAAAAAAGGGAGGAUAAUAACGUCAUGUUUCUCAAUGUGGGAUCGAAAAAAAAGCACGUCAAUGUUGGUGUAUGGGUGGAUUUUGAAAAAAAGAAAAGAAAACAAACAAAC